AUGCUGACGCAAGUUGCUGAGGGAAUUCGAGCAUGGUUUUUUGGCGAAGAACCGCCUGGAGUAGCACCGGGAAGUCAGCCAAAGAAGCUGGCACCGGGGCUGGUGCGGUACGAGUACCAGGAGCUGGAAGCUUCGACGCAGAAUUUCGCUCACAGGCUCGGAGAUGACGACGCGCCUGUGUACAGAGGGGUGUUGCGCGGCAGCGACAUUGCAGUCAAGGUCAUUCAGGAUGGUGGAGACGGGGACAGAUUUCAGGACGAGCUUCGGGCACUUGGUCGCCUCCGCCACCCAAACCUGGUCGAACUGCAGGGAUUCGCCAUGCACCAGCGCGCGAACUUCUUGGCCUUCGAACUCCUGUCUGGGGGCAGCCUCCACCAGCACCUUCGGAGCAAGGACUUCCUGUGGCAACGCCGGCUCAGCGCGGCGGCGCAGGCGGCAGCGGGACUCUCCUACAUGGUGAAGCAGAAAGUCUUCCACCGUGACAUCCGCCCGAAGAACCUCCUCUUCGAAGGGAAUGGUGACAGGGUCAAAUGGAUUUACGGCGACGACACUACAAGUGCUGCGACGGAUGGGGGGAUGACACAUCUAGUGGUGACGCGUGUCAGUGGAACUCCAGGGUAUGCGUGUCCAAACUACCUCGCUACCAAGCGUGUGAGCGAGGACACAGAGGUGUAUUCUUUCGGAACUCUCUUGCUGGAGCUUGCCAUCAACAAGCCUCCUGCUCUUGAGAAGCCCACAGGCGAGCUGGUGUACCCGCUUCUGCAGCUCGUUCAGAACGCGCGAUUCGGGGCUCGCACGCGGGUUGCGGAGCACCAGGACGUGUCGGCGAGGUGGCCUCUUAAGGUCUUGGACCCUCUGGCGACUUUGGCCUUGCGCUGCGUCGAGCUCGAUCCGACAGCAGCGCGGCCAAGCUUCGCAGAGAUCGCCGAGGCCUUAUCGCAGCUGCCUUCAGCUCCUGCCGGUCCUCGGGGGGAGGCACCGCUGGAAGUGGUCCUGUCGUGCGUCCCAAGGCCUAACGAGGCUAAAGAGUUUCCGAAAGAGAUUUCCCCUAUCCGAUUCCAGGUGUGCGAGGACCAGGAAAUAACCAUAGGAAGGCAACACCAGCCGGAGUUCUUCGAGUGCCUCUUGCAGAAAACGGAAGCUCUGUUCAUCUCACGGGCACACUUCAAGCUCCGUGCAAGGCCCGGUUUGCCCCUCCAGCUCCGAAAGCUGUCAGCGAAUCCUUUGCACGUCGACGGAAUUGCCGUCCAGCAAGGCGCAGCUGUGAUUGUCCGCAACGGUGCCAAAUUGGGCUUCGGUCGUCCAGGACUGCAAGAUGGGUGCUCCGUCCUGCUGCUGGUCACCCUGCAUGAGCAGGCGGCGCCGACUUUGCUGUCGCGGCCUGCGGGUCAGCUGACAGCCGUGCUCGAAUGCGUGAAGACCGCCUGCGUCGAAGUCAGCCUGGAGAGUCUCCCACGUGAGGCGAAAGAAAUCCCACUUUCACAAGGUAUCACAAAGGUUGGCCGGCAGCAUCAAAGGAUCUUCGGCGAGCUUCUGCAGGCACCGAGCUUGUCGUUUAUCUCGCGAAGUCAUCUGAGAGUGAAGAUCGUGGCGACCAAGGAGUUGCUCGUGGAGGAUGAGAAUGCCGAUGCAAGCGACGAGAGGGUGUGUAGGUUUAUCGGAGCACGGGAGGCUUUCAAGAAGUAUGACAAGGAUGGCGACGGUAUGAUCGACUUCGUCGAGCUGGGAGCCUUGAUGCGGGGCCUGGCUGGUUCAGCAGCUGAGUGGACGGAUGCUUCCAUCAAAGUCUUGUUGACCGCCAUGGACUCGGACAACGAUGGCAAGGUGGUGCUGUCGGACUUCGGGGUCUGGCUCUUUGGCACCCAGCUCUCCCCCAUGGAAGAGUCGAAGCUAAAAACUGCCGAGCUCACCCUGCAAGAGGGAGAGGACGAGGAGGACAGCGACGAGUACGACGAGGACGUCGAUGUGAAGCAGCUGAGCAUGACCGGCCGCAACGCCUUGUGGCAGAAGCUGAUGCCAGCACGUGCUGGCUCGGCUCAGGACGCUGCAGAGCGCAUGAAGACCCUGAAACCUCCGGAUCCAAAGCGGCCGGAAGAUCACAAGCACGCCCUGCUCUACUUGCAGAAUCAUGCUGGAGCCGACCGAGAAUUGGACGGAGUCGCCCCCAAAGGCGCCGACCGCAAGAAAGCUUUGUCAUGGCUGAAAGCUGCUAUGUCGAAGGUCAGUGACGGCGAGAAGUCUUAUCAGCUGCCAGUAAAAUGGCUGAUCGGUAACUGGAGGUUGUGGCCCGAGCCAGACAGGAAGGACGAGGAAGGCUUCCAGGACUUGAAGGCUUUGGCAGUUAAGAAACUCGAUGGCAUCGGCAUCAAGUAUGAGAAGCAGUACGUGGAAAACAAUAUUGGCCAAGAGCUGGGAUUCAUCGGUGAGGACAUCGAGAUCAAAAAGAGGCCCAGACAGGAUGAACACAUAGUGAUGCCAGAAGACAGGUUGGGCCUGGAAGAGCAGGAGGAGGAAGACGAUGAAGAAAGGAUGUCGCAGGCAGCCUACAUCGUCCUUUUGCUCAGUGCGGUGCACGCAGUCGACCAUCUCUUUCAAGACAGAGCAAAGGAGAUCUGUGAAAGCGUUGGUGGAUCCGUGCGCGCCCCUCCUCCAAAGGGCUUCAUGCGGAUGUGGGCCAAGCUGGACACAGACCACGCAAAGGCUGCAACCCCCAAGGCGGCCGAGAACAUCGACACGAAUCGAGUGGCCUGGAUCUUUCAGGAGCCCAAGCAGCUCAGAGAUGCUUUUGCCAAAGCCCAGGAGGUCUUUGGCCCUCCUGUGAGGAUCAAGAAUGGUUACGAUCCCAGCUUCGAUGCGCUAUCGGACACCAAGGGCUACCGUAACAUCCUGGCGAACUACCGCUUCAUCCCGGGCCUCACCUGGGGAGAUCUCGCGGGUCGCAGCCCAGAGCAUGCGGAGGCGUCGAAGAAGACCAACGCCGCCUGGGACAAGUUCCGGCAACUGCUCCUCGACACUUACCUGAACAUGGGGUUCAUUGAUGAGGCCAGCAUGGACGACGAGCUCCGAGAGUAUCUCAAAUGUUGCGAUGCUGCUCGACGCCACUACUGCUCCAAGAAAAUGCGAAAGGAGCCAGUGGCCAUUAUCGUUGAGAUCCAGUACAUGCUGCAGUCUUACUUCGACAUGCGAAAGUACACGCACACCUGGUACAAAAUCGUUCGGGCAGAAGAACCCGAAGCUCUCGUCUUGGACUACAACUCCUAG